AUGGGCGGCAAAGAAUGGACAUGCGAGGGUGUUGUCGAAACGUUACUGAGAAAGGGAGACGACGCUUACCUUCUCGCGGAACAUGGCCACAAGGGAUUGGAAAGCGCAAUUACAAGCGGCCAUGACGGUCUAGUUGAGAUACUUUUGGAUAGAGGGCUUGGUUUAACGGGCUUAGAAAGCCACGACCGAGCGACGUUGCUGCUUGCCAUUGCCAUCGGGAAUGAGGCCACUGUAAGGCAUUUGCUGAACCAUAACGUUCCUCUGAGCCUGGAUUGCAGUGAGCCUGAUUUGGGCGAGGGACCAAUCCCUCAGUUACAGACCACCAUACAGAUAAAGACUGCCCCGCUUCUGUGGGCAGUUUUCAAGGGCAAUGGGAAUGUUGUCAAAGUGCUUCUAGGGCAUGCAGAGAGCCGGAAAAUUGCAGUUCGCAACGUGGAGGUCGCCCUGUCAUUAGCCAUCCUCAAAAAUUACCCCCAGAUUGUGGAAAUCCUCCUGGAUUGUCAACACACGCACAAAUAUGACGAUCUUUUGUUGCAGGAAGCAAUGGAGCAUCAACACAAAGAUGUCCUCCGCGUCCUUCUAGCCAGAUACUCUGGGCCAGGGUACACUCCAAAGCAAGGAGCAUCUCAUUUGGUUUUCCGAGCUGCACCAUAUGGGUUCGUCGAAGCUGUGGAUUUCUUGAUAAGCAAAGGGAUUGAUCCUAAUUGCGGUCUCAAAUCUGUGAUUGCCCUGUCGGAAUUCGAGGAAUUCCCAAGCACGAGAAGUCUCUUGCAUCAGUAUCAGGACAAUUGGCCGUGUAAGUCAGUCCGGUAUUUGUAUCAACAAAAAGGUGAUACCCCGUUGUUAGCUGCUGCUGCAAAUGGCCAUGCCUCCGUUGUCGCUCUUCUCUUGGAAAAAGGGGCACUCCCCGAGAAAAAGCCCUUCCCCGAGAAACAGGCCUACCCAGAGUUGACAAGCAGAUCACGAUGGACCGACUUCGGGAAGCGAUCAAAGCGACCGGCGAAUGUCAAGUCACCAUUAGAUGCGCGAUCGAAGGUAGACAUGGGCAGGUGA